AUGACCUGCCAGGGUACAUUAAAAAUAAGUCCAAGAUUGCCCUAUUUGCUGACGACUCCAAACUGUACAAGACCAUCUCAAAAUUAUCGGAUUCUGAAGCUCUACAAGAAGACCUUUCCUGUCUUUGUGACUGGUGUAAAGAUUGGAAUAUGGACUUCAAUACAUCCAAAUGUAAAGCUCUAAACAUCUCCAAAAAGAAAUCCCCUACUGUAUGGAAUUACCAGCUUAAUAACGAAUCAUUGGUCACUGUUAAAGAGAUCACUGACUUGGGAAUUUCCAUCAAUGACAAGCUGCUCUGGUCCUUGCAUAUCGCUCAGAUAUCCAAACGAGCCAAUCGCACUUUGG